GCGUAUUUUUUUUUACAAAUGACGUUUAGUUAAACUACCCAGUGUAGUUAAAAUGUAUGGACGAGCUCCACGAGUGACCUUCAGGACAACCGGCGAAACGUCAUCGUCAGUGGGCCCCGGCUCCUAUGACGUCACGUGGAGCGGUCCUAAGUUAUCAGAUGGCUAUGCUCCAUUCCUGACGUUGACCAACAGACAGUCAGUAUUCAGUCAGUCCAGUGAGAGGAUACCAGGACCUGGACAGUAUGACUUCUCCCCUGUCAAGCUAAACAUCCACGGUGGGCGCAGUCUUCAGAACCGCUCCAAGCGUUUUGUAGAAGUAGCAUCUAAGGUUCCGGGCCCCGGGGCCUACAAUGUGCUGCCUGCUUCAGGAAACACUCUGAGGGCCGUGACGGCUGUAGCCGGGCAGGCUGCGAAUCUGAGCAGGAAAAAGUGGCUGCAGGCUAAAAGUCUGCGGCUUGUUCGUCAGUCAGAUAUCCCCUCCAUUCCUUCCCCGGGCAAGGCCUAUGGCUACGAGGAGGAUGCCCUGGGUGUGCUCCUCAAGCAGCAGCCCCCCUCUCGGGACUCAACCCUGGGGCCAGCCUACUACAAUCCACUGCUGUCAGAGAAGAGUUCUGCACAGAAUUAUAAAGGAGUCCACUUUGGAAACAUGACGGGGAAAAGAAGCGAGGCGACAGUGGAGGAGGGACCGGGUCCUGGACAAUAUUACCCUGAGAUAAAACUAGAAAUGAACUGUGAGAAUGUAAACCUUCAAAAGGAGCAGAAAGGCAGAGCUGAGCUUAUCAUCCCUCGCUACCACGAACUGGUGCCCAAGCAAGAAGAAAAGAAGGGAGUUCCUGGUCCGGGCCAGUACUACAUCAGAGGUCAGUUUGAGACGCCUGAGAAGUCCAGUGGUAACCUGCCAAAGGUCACAUGCCCCUUCCUCUCUCAGACUGAGAGGUUUAGCCCUGUGAAAGAAGUGGCGCCCCCUGUCGGUGUUUAUAAUGACCCACGCUGUGCCCUGGAGCUGCUGAAGAAGGCCUCAGGAGUGAAGAAAAGCCCAUUUGGCAUCACCGCUGUGCGCUUCACUCGGAACCUCAAAGCAUACUCUACGCCAGGUCCGGGGUCCUAUAAUGUGUUUGAGCAUGGUUUAGCCCGUGAGAGUUUUAAAAAGGCCGUUUUAGAGAGAACCAGGAAGGGAGGCUUUGGCUCCACUGCUCAACGCAAUUCCCUCUUCCACAACAAAGAAUCGAUAGAGGCCCCGAGUCCAGGACAAUAUGAGACAGAAAAGAAGACAGAGGAGCACUACAAAAAGCAGCACACGGCGGUUUUCAAAUCAACCACAGAACGUGUGGCACUGCUGGCUGAAGAUACCCCUCCACCCAACAUCUACAAUGUGAGUCAGACAUUUGAGAAGGCUAAUGGACGCUCUUACUUAGAACCUCGAAAUGAAGGAGCUAAGAGACGACAGAGCUGCUUCCUCUCAGCUGCGCCACGGGAUAACUUAAUUUUGCAAUGUGACCCCACUGUACCAGGCCCUGGACAGUACAACCCCAGUGUGAAAUCCUUUCCACAAAUGGCUCUGAUCUCCUCCAGAGAAGAUCGAUUCAAAGUCUCUGAAGACACCAACCCUGGUCCAGGCGCUUAUCAGUUGAGUCCGGGCAUCAUGAACACCGUUCUGAAGGGCACCUUCAACGUGACUCUCAACAACCCUCUGGGUCCCUGCUGUUCCCCCCGUGUGGCCCCUGGCUCUUUAACGGCCCACAAAACCAUUAACUCUGUCGCGGCCAACACCUUCAUCGCCACCAGCACUUCUUAGCGCUCUUUGUGGGUCAAAGUUUAGAGGGGAAAGGCAGCAGUUUGGAGGAAGAUGGCGGAUUUUCAUUCAGUGUCCUAAAGUGAAAUACCUAUAAUUGACCCCGCCUCCACAGCUGAUGGUUCCCUCGUUCUUUACUCGCAGUAAUGACAAGUUUGACGCACUGAUUCAGCUGUUUUUGUGGAUCGGUUCCCUCUGCA